AUGGCUCGCCCAGUGAUCGACCCAUAUCGUUCCAAGGGGAUAAACAUGGACAUGCUCGAAGCGAAAGAGACUCUUACCCAGUUCGGUCAGCACUACGACUACGACACCGGAUAUAUCAUUCAGCUGUUAGAAGACUCGCCGGGCGCCUAUGCCACGUUCGCAGCGGCUCAAGCGAUGCCUAACUAUCAUCAAAAGCUGCCUGCCGAUGCUUACUUCGUCGCGAAAGUGGCCGUGAUGAAAACCGAAGACUGCGGUCCCUGCAUGAAUCUAAGCUUGAAAAUGGGUGCCGAAGCCGGCAUCGACAAAGAGCUCCUUAAAUCGAUUGUGACUCAGCCGGAAUCGCUUCCCCGGCCACUCCGCGAUAUCCACGACCACGCCGUCGCGGUGAUUCGCAACGAAAACGACGACGCCGAUCGCAUGGAACGGAUUCGCAACCAUUAUGGAAUCGAAGCGUUCGCCGAAUUGGCCGUUGUCAUUGUUGGCUGCCGGAUUUACCCUACGUUGAAGCGAGCCAUGGGAAUGGACGCAUAUCUCCGCUGGGAGCAAGCCGGGCGGCCGCAACUCGAUUCGCCUCGCAGUUGGUACCUUCGUGUGUGUGCUCGCCUUUGUUUAGAUCGGAUCAAGUCGGUGCAGUACCAGCGCGAAAAGUACAUCGGGCCAUGGCUUCCCGAGCCGAUCCUGGAAGAUCAUGCCGGCAAGACCGAGUUGGACGAAACGAUUUCGAUCGCGUUGAUGCUGACGAUCGAACGAUUGAAACCAGCCGAACGGGGCGCGUUCAUUCUGCAUGACCUGUUCGGCUACGAGUUUGCGGAAGUCGCCGAUAUCUUGGGCCUGCAACCGGCCCAUUGUCGUCAGCUGGCCAAGAGAGCUCGAGAUCAUUUGAAAGGAAACAAGCCGCGUUCGAUCGUCGAUGUGCCGGGCAUGCAGCGAAUUUCCGACGCGUUCUUCCAAGCCGUCAACGCCGGCGACUUGGAUCAACUGCGGACAGUUCUUUCCGAAGACGUCGUCAUGCAUACCGAUGGUGGCGGCAAGAUCAGUGCGGCGAAGGACCUGGUAGUUGGCUUCGACGCGGUGACAACGUUCCUUGUGCGUGUUGUCCGCAAUGUGCAGCGUUUCGGCGAGCUGCGUUUCGAGCCGACAUGGUUCAAUGGUUCGCCGGGGAUGAUCUCUUGCCAGGGAGAUCAAAUCAUCGCGGCGUACCAACUUUAUGUCGUCGAUGGAAAA